GUCAACCACAACAUUGUUAAUUAGACAAUCACUAUACAGUUCACAGUAGUCUACACAGAGAAAUACAUGACUGUUGUAUGUAUAGCUAGUUUAAUAGGUGUUAAAAAUGGCAGUCUAUUGCAAUAAUAGUCUAUUUAACUUCACUCAGCAGCAGCUCUCUUCUAACACAGCUAUAUCUGUGGUUCUACAGAGCCUGGCUACACUCAGCUGUCUAUUUGUGGUCUGUUUUAUCUUGUGUACCAGACUACAACAUCAGUUCUCCUAUCGCCUUAUACUCUACCUGAUGCUAAUAGAUGCAGUAUACUCAUUAACAGUGAUGCUGCAAAUUGGACCAGUCAUAUACAUACAGGAUAAAGGUGUCAGUGUGCGAGACGGGUGGGAGGGAGCGUGUACAUCGGUGGCUUACAUUAACCAGAUGAUGGAAUCGGCUAAGCUAACAAUUGUAGCAUGGAUUGUAUUCUACCUGUUUGUGAUGGCAGUGUGGAAGGUACAGCUCAAUAAACUACGGCAUGAAGUAACUGGGUUGAUGAUUACUCUGGUGAUACCUCUGUUGAAAGACUGGCUACCAUUUUAUUGGAACAUGUAUGGACUCACUGGGAUGUGGUGCUGGAUAAAAAUAGUUGACGAUAAUUGCAAUCCAAAAUACGGACUAGCUGUUGGACUGAUGUUUGCAGUUGAGUAUGGACCGGUGCUGCUGAUAAGUGUGUUCACAGCUGUGUGUUUCAUAACGAUGCUUGUGCGACUACACAGAGAUGCAGCUAAGGCAGAGAUAAGUUGGAGAGGAGUGUCAGACACGUCCACGCUAAAGGCAGGACUACCACUCAUUGCGUUCCCUAUAAUGUACAUGAUAAUUUUUCUGUUCAGAAUAGGACAUCGAAUCUAUUUUACAGUGAACGUUUUGGAUACAAAAACGCCAUUCGCUACAUUUUGGUUGAUUCACACCAUUGCAGUAGGGUUGGCCGCCCUUAUUGUACCCUCCACAUUUGCUUGUCACCCCAAUACAGUCAGAAAGCUAUGUACAUGUAUGGCUAACAAAAAUGGCCGGAUAUUGUCAUCAAUUUAUAGAAGAGAAAGCUGGAGUGUUUCGAAAGAGAUUCUUGGGUCGUCUGAAUCCGAUCCUUUUUUGUCUAAAGAGUAUGACGAACGAGACAGUUUGAUUUACAAGAGUAUUCUGAGCAGUACAACUCCAAAUCUACAGACCUGAGUAUUUAACUUUAUUUGUGCGUUUGUGUAUUACGUAUAACCUGUAUAAUACCGUAUAGCGGGUAAUUUUUGCGUGAUUUCCGAGUAACAUUUUCGUUCGCUUCAUUACGUGCACUGUAUAGUUUGUGUUCUGGUAAACCACCUUAAUUUUUUUGUGGAGGAAAAUUUCGUUGAUGUCA